CAAUGGAGGCCAGUUUGUGGCGGCGUGGAUGCGCCACUCUUGCUACCGCAUCCUGCUCCGCGGCACAGUCAAACAAGAGUCUCUUUGCAUUAUCUGCUGGAUUCCUGCUACUUCUGAUAGUCUAUAGUGAUAGUAUUUCUAAUUUGUCGAUCACGGAGGAGCGUUACCAUCACCAUUUAGUGAUGCAAAAGGAACGAGACAUAGUGAUGAAUAGUAAGACAAUAUCUAAAGUUUCUCGAAAAUCUGGCGUUCAUGACUAUAGUUUCUCUGUCAAAGAGAGCACGAAUGGAACAUAUUUAAAGCUUGAUAAUACAUCUGGAAAUGCAAUGAAAAAUACAGUGAUAAAAAGAAGCGAAACUAUGCACGUCAAAGUUAAAGAUGUUCAGAAAAUUGAUACAGAGUACGUGAAUUCACAAGGAAUCCAACAGCCCACUACUACGAGUGCUGCUGCCACUCCCACCACCACCACAACUACCACCAACAUUAAACAUCCUGCCAUAACCACUACGGCCGCCGCCCCAAGCUCCACCGCUGAACACUCCGCCAUUACCACCACAAGUCUCGCCCUCAAGCAACAAAAUCAAAGCAGAGAAACUCGAAAAACGAUAUUAUUUAUCACAAAAUUUUUCUCCAAAUCAUGGGAGAGCUUCCUGGGCAAGGAGACCCUUUUGCCGCCCAUGUGUCCCGUUACUAACUGUGAUAUUCUUUUCAAUACCUCACACCCAGAAGACGCUGACGCUAUAAUUUUCCACUGGCCCGAUAUCAACAAAGAGUCUUUGCCUAAGGUGCGGCGGCGGGGUCAGCUCUACAUUUGGUUUAACAUGGAGGCUCCGCUUCCAAACAAUAAUGAUAAUGUACUGUACCGACUGAUGCGACAAUUCAAAAGUGUGCGAAAGAUGGAGCAACAAGAAAAUAGAAGAGUGUUUGGAUUUCCAGGUUUCUUCAACUGGACCUUCACUUAUCACCGAGACUCUGAUCUGCUCUUGUUAUACGGAGGCUUGUGGCCAAAGCAUGGGCACGGAAAUGUUCUUAAGCCAGGUCUCCUCGACACUUCCGACAUUACUUACAAGAAUUAUGUGGCGGCGCUGGAUCGCGGAGACGUGCUGCAGGACGACAAGCAGCAGGAGUGGGCAGCCUUCCUGGAACGGCCCAAGUUGGCGGUCUGGAUGGCGUCGCACUGCAGCACUUCUUCAGGCCGAGAGUUCUAUAUUAGGGAGCUUCAGCAACACAUACAAGUGGACGUGUUCGGCGCGUGUGGGGACCUGAAGUGUGGCAAGAGUCACAAUGAUGUCGAGUGUUAUUCCGAUCUCCUUCGACCAAACUACAAAUUUUACAUGGCUUUCGAAAACAGCUUAUGCGAGGAUUACAUCACAGAGAAGGUGUGGCUGCCUAUGAAAUACGGCCUGGUGCCUGUGGUGUACGGAGGGGCGCGCUAUGCUGACUUCCUGCCACCACACUCGUAUGUAGACGCCACGCACCUUACACCCCGCCAGCUAUCCCGUGUUCUCUCCAGAAUUGGAGGUUCCCCGGAGCUGUACGAGCGCUACCACCUUUGGCGAAAAUACUGGAGGGUGUUACAUAAACCUCCGCUGUGUGAACUUUGCUACAAGUUGCAUCACAGGAACCAUAAAGAGCCGGCGGUGUCACGGGGGGACCUUAGUACAUGGUGGUGGAGAGUCAACAACUGUACUACCCAUUAUCCACCAGACCGGUACCCACGACCCUCCAAACCCGACACCAGGCCAUUCACGCAAAAGGUGAAGGACGCAUUUGGGAUUCUCAAGUGGACGGGGAGAUAGACUGCUUCAGCUUUCCCCUCAGGUGCGGCCUGAGUUAUGGUUUAUGAAACACAUUGGACUUCCAUCUAUUGCCAAAAUCUACUUAAGUUAUUCGUAAGGUUUCCAUGGGUAUUUCUUUCCAGUGAUGAUGUAGAAUAGUAAAGUAAUACCUUGAAA